CUGAAAAUGGACCGGUAUUCCAGAAUACCAUGUUAGGAUAUAUUGUCGGAGGAAGUAUCCCCGAGGAAGGACACCACUGUGUUUUUAAUCCAUCGAGUCGAACCUCACAUCAUCGUGUGGUCUUCGAUGGAUCGAUGAAAUCUAGAAAUGGGACAUCGCUGAAUCAAGUCAUGCUGAACGGACCUGUUGUACAGAGUGAGCUCUUUGAUAUUCUUAUUUUGUUCAGGACUUAUCCAUUUAUUUUAACUUGUGACAUUCAAAAGAUGUUUCGCAAUGUUUUUAUAAAUGAACAUCAACGCGGACUUCAAAACAUUUUAUGGCGCGAGUCGCCCAAAGACCCUAUCAACUGCUUGCAGCUUCAAACUGUUACAUACGGUUUAAAAUCGAGCACAUUUUUAGCUACAAGAGCUCUAAAUGAGCUAGCAAAUAUGCAUAAGGAUCAGUUUCCUUUGGCCGCUCAGGCUAUUUAUAAAAAUACAUUUGUUGAUGAUGUGCUUACUGGUGCUGAUGAUGUAGGGACACUUCAGGAGCUGAAAAAGCAAAUUGUAGAGCUUCUGAAAUUAGGUAGUUUCUCGUUACAUAAAUGGUGCUCGAACCAUGCUCCAGUCUUGAGCGAUAUUCCAGUUGAGCACAGACAAAUUGAUAGUGUAGAAAUAGGUCAAAAUGACACCGUGAAGACUUUAGGUCUUACGCUCGAGGUAAAUUCAGACAAAUUGACUUUCUCUUGCCCUGCAAUCGAUGAGGCAAACAUAAUGAACACAAAAAGAAAAAUUCUCAGCUUUAUUGGGAAAAUGUUUGACCCACUUGGUUUAAUUGGCCCGGUAAUCGUGGUGGCCAAACUAUUCAUGCAAGAACUCCAUAGCUCUAUGCAUAAAGAUUGGGACUCAAUAAUCCCGAAUGAAAAAUUCCUAUACUGGUCAAAGUUUUUGGAAAAUUUAAGGCAAAUGGGUCAAAUUAAAAUAGAAAGAUGUGUAAACUAUAAAUUAGUAUCACAUGUAGAACUAGUAGGGUAUGCCGAUGCAUCUAUUAAGGCUUUCGGGAGCUGUCUCUACCUAAGAGUUUUUAUGACUGAUGGCUCGAUUCAAGUGAACUUAAUAUGUUCCAAAAGCCGUGUGUCCCCACUUUCUAAAUCUCACACUAUUCCUCAAUUGGAGCUUUCUGCUGCUCUACUUUUAGCGCAAUUGGCAAGUAGAGUCAGUAAGAUUUUAAAUGAUAGAGUUCCUCAUAAAAUAUUUCUCUAUAGUGAUUCCCAAAUUGUUUUGUGGUGGAUCAAGACUGAGGCAGCAAAAAGUACUGUAUAUGUAAAAAAUAGAGUCAAACAAAUUGUAGAGCUUACUAAAAACUCACAAUGGCUGUAUGUUAGGUCAAAAGAUAAUCCUGCUGACUUAUUAUCAAGGGGAGUUGAACCGCAUAAGCUGCAGGAGUGUGAUCUAUGGUGGCAUGGUUCGCCUAGUCUUUGUGAUGUAAAUUAUACACAUACAAAUUUAGAAGAGUUUAAUCAUGACGAUUUCAUGACACGCAUAGACUCGCAUAGUGCUUAA